GUACCCAGUAGCUGUUAAUUAACAGUUUUGCAUAUGUAGUUUACACACAGUUUGAUCCUGCACAAAAAAACCUCCAUAUUGUAACUCCUGUCACUGCAGAGUUGUGUGAUGUCAAAUACAGAUAAUAGCGUAUAAUAGUCCCUCAAAAAUGUUUAGGGCUUCCUCACACCCCUUUUCUAACGCAGUGCCAUGUUGUGCGUAACACCACCCACAGAGGAGGCGUAUGCGCCCAGCCCCGAUUAGGCUGUAGGGACUCCCGCACCCACACCGCGCUCAGGAUACCUUGGACUGAGACAUUCACAGAGGUAGCCAGGUCAGACGACCGGAGCGGAAAGGCUACAACAUGCGCUCGCCACUGCGUGCUGUGUUUCAGCCCCUCAGCGCACCUGGCACGUCGCUCGGCUCAGUUUUAAGGCGAUCAAUUCUCUCUUUCCGUCUGUUUUGCACUCCACAUCAGGAUGGGAGCCGAGCAGGUCAGUGGGGACCAUACGGUGAAUGGCUGAUAGCUGCGCUUGUCCACGCGCACGGAGCAAUGGACUGCAGUUUUACUUGAAGAGGCACAUGGAGAACCCAGCCAAGCAUCUCUCAUCGGUGCAGGGGAUUGACUCUGUGCCGGCACCCCUCGGAGAGAUUAUGUGGAACAGCACCGAAACAGAGGCAACAAAGGACCAGAGGAAGGAUAUGGUGGUGCGUACGGUGACGGGCUGUCUGCUGUCCCUGCUCAUCCUAUGGACCCUGCUGGGAAACAUCCUGGUCUGCUCCGCUGUGCUGCGCUUUCGACACCUGCGGACCAAAGUCACCAACAUUUUCAUCGUCUCCCUGGCUCUAUCGGAUUUAUUCGUCGCCGUCCUGGUGAUGCCCUGGAAAGCUGUGGCAGAGGUGGCGGGGUACUGGCCAUUUGGCACUUUCUGUAACGUCUGGGUAGCUUUUGACAUUAUGUGCUCCACCGCCUCCAUCCUCAACCUCUGCAUUAUCAGCGUGGAUAGAUACUGGGCCAUCUCGAGCCCCUUCCGCUACGAGAGGAAAAUGACCCAGCGAGUUGCCUUUGUUAUGAUAAGCAUCACUUGGACGUUGUCUGUGCUCAUUUCAUUCAUACCGGUCCAACUAAACUGGCACAAAGCCAGCGGUGACGACAUGGCUGGGACUCACAACUCUUCCACGAGUUGGCAGAUAGAGGAAAACUGUGACUCCAGCCUGAGCAGAGAGUAUGCUAUAUCCUCCUCUUUGAUUAGUUUCUAUAUCCCCGUGGCAAUUAUGAUUGUGACUUACACCAGAAUAUACCGGAUUGCACAAAUACAAAUUAGAAGAAUAGCCUCCCUGGAGAGGGCGGCAGAACGUGCGCAAAGUUGCAGGUCAAACAGAAUAGAGUGCCAACACCACAAAACCUUGAAAACGUCAAUUAAACGGGAAACCAAAGUGUUUAAAACUCUGUCGGUGAUUAUGGGUGUAUUUGUGUUUUGCUGGUUACCUUUUUUCGUCCUAAACUGUAUCGUCCCGUUCUGCGACAGACCGGCCGCAGACGUGGACGCGGGUUUGCCGUGCGUCAGCGAGACGACUUUCGACGUCUUCGUGUGGUUCGGCUGGACCAACUCCUCCCUGAACCCCAUCAUUUACGCCUUCAACGCCGAGUUCAGGAAGGCAUUCGCCAGCCUCUUGGGCUGUCGCAAUUUCUGCUCCACACCAGUGGAAACUGUUAACAUCAGCAACGAGCUAGUCUCCUAUAAUCAAGACACCCUAGUGCACAAGGAUAUCGCGAACACAUAUGUCAACAUGAUCCCCAACGCUGUUGAAUGUAUUGAGAAUGAAGAGACUUUUGACAGAAUUUCACAGUUUUCUCACAACAAUGAAAACGCCACCGACUCGGUUUGUGACUUGGAGGACUGUGAAGCAAAUGUCAGUCUUGACAGGAUGUCACCAUUCACACCUAAUGGAUUACAUUGACUCCAAUUUUGUGUCUCCCUGUGCGUAUUUGGAUGUAUUGAUAAUUCUGUCAUCGUUAAUUUGCCUCCUUUGUCCCAGAAGCUGCUCUUCACAGGGAGCCCACAGAUCACGGUCACCUGAGCUACUGCAGCGCCCCUUGCAGCUGGUGAGAGAUCAAGUGACUUGCUCAAGGACACUUCAGCAGGGCGCAUGUAUCUGUAGCCGUCAGGCCACCCUGCCGUCGCUUUGCGUCAUAUACGAGAUGUUAUGUUGUUGUACUGUUCUGAAAAAAAAGUGAUGUGUAGGUGUUUAUUUACAUGACAAGUGAAGUUUGUGUUCAUUUGUUCAAAGGUGUUCGGUGUAGUUUAAGCUGUGGUUUACCGGAAGGCUUUAGUCGGAGCGUCCGUGUCUCAUGUCCACCUACUUGGAGGAAAAAAAAAUGUUUGUAAAAACUCACUUGAGGAUAAUGACAACAUUUUGCUGCUUAAAAACCUCGUGUAUCCAGUGCCCGCCUUUCCACUGAGUAUGAAAACUGAGGGAAGCCUUACAGACAGUGCAGCCAAGAUAGUUCUACUCAAAUGCAGUCAUUUCAGCGCCUUAUCUUAUUUAAGGAAGAGUUUUGAGACAUGAAAGGAAUGUGUCGUAUGAAGUUACAUGAUGCCAAAAUGCAGCAUUAAAGUGUUUACCCUCUGCACCCACCCCAGUGACUCCUCCAGCACACAUCCUCUGCACUAUGGACUAUUGUGCAGUUUGAUCGAGGCUCAGAUGGCCGGAGGCUUUGAUGGAUAAGCAUGAUGUAAAAGGCACAAACCCUAAUGCUAUGAACGUGUAAAAGUGAGUCUGUUUACACUGGAAUCAGAAAUCCAAAUCAAAGAACUUUGACUAGAACCAGCAGUCCAGGUCCGGACUGGCCGUCGGCAUCUGGCCUAGCCAGCUGAUUGGCCCGGAGUGUCAGACCAGUGUUAACCCUUAAAGGCCCGCGGGAGGUCAGCGAUUUUUGCCAACAUUACAGUGUUUACUAGGCUGUCGGCGGUUCUUAAAAGGAAGAUACUGGUAUCGUAUGAAACUAGACGAGGUGGGCUCCAAAGUUUAGCAACAUUUUAGAGAGUAAAAAACUGUCAAGGCCAUUUUCAAUGGAGUCCCUUGACCUCUCACCUCAAGAUAUCUCAAUGAAAAAAGGUUCUAUGGGUAGCCACGGGUCUCCCCUUUACAUACAUGCCCACUUUAUGAGAAUCCCAUGCAUUCUGCGGAAAAACAUGCAGUUUUACUCAUGCAGUAUAACAUUCUAAAAUGGUGAAUUUGAAUAUUUCUGCAUAUUGGGGUCCCUAAAUUGCAUAAUUUGGGUAUAACUGGAAAGCUAAGACUCUUGUGGAUUCAAUGAGCCCAAUUGUAUUCAUAUUUGAUGAUGUUCCUCCCCAAAGUAGCCAUUUCAUUGUAGUGAAUCCACUUUUUUGAAACUUAUCCUCUACUGUUUAAAAUUACUUAUUGUGACGUCUAUGAUAAUCACUAACAAACUAACAAAUGGUAUCAACCCCGAAAUUGCUGCAACAACGUAUGAGACAUAAUUGAGCAUAACAAUGGCAAUCAUAAGAAUACACAAAAAAAGUUAAAGUAUAUGUGGGCUGUUGUGAAUGUGUGGUUAUUGGCCUGGACUGCUGUUAGAUUCCCAGCCUGAAUUAUUAUCCCAAUCCAGGCCUGCAGCAGUCUUAACGGUCAAAACUGUUACUCUUUUCUGUAACCUUUCAUUUCUCAUUAAGGCCAAAACUACUGAAUGGUUCUGCUUUAUCAACCACAGACAGGCAGCUUUAACUGACCUAACAAAAGAAAAGAAAGAAUCAAGGCUGUCCUGAAUGACCAAAGAUUUCAAGGAGUGUAUCAAUAAUUCCAACAUAAUAAGGCUACAGUGUUUCAGCAACUAGAGGAAUUGUUUCUAUAGAAAGCUCACACACACACACACACACACACACACACACACACACACACACACACACACACACACACACACACACACACACACACACACACACACACACACACACACACACACACACACACACACAAGGCCACCGGGCCAACGCAACUGGAUGUCAUACAUCACCUCUCCAACACCUCUCUCUAUCUUUGUACUGUACAGAUGACCUGAUCUGAAUGUAUACUACUGUCCUUUAAACAGUGACGUGUGUCAUCAUUUGUCUAAUAAAAUGCUGUCAUGCUGAGAGAA